AUGGUGAUCGCUGCACCACCAGACCUCGCCGGCGUCAAAGCCAUCUUCUUCGACUACAUGGGCACAUGCCUUGACUGGCACUCGUCGGUCGUGGCUGCCCUGCCCCAAGAUAUCGCUAUCAACACCCGAAGCAGCCUGGCCAUUGCCCUGCGGGAAGCCUUCUUCGCUGACAUACACACACGAUUUGAGCAGAGACUCCCACCGGAAGACAUCGAUGCCACGCACGCAAGGCUACUUGGUGUCCUGCUGCAGAGCAAGCAAUUCGAGUACAUCUCAGUGAAUGCUGAGGAGCGGAACAAGGUAAUUGAGGCGUGGCACCACAUGUCUGCAUGGCCGGACGUGCCGCCGGCCCUCGACAAGCUCCGCGAGAGAUAUGAGCUUUUCGUCCUUGCCAACGGCACAACUAGACUGCAGCUGGACCUGACGCGGUCCUCUGGUCUGCCAUUUGACAUGCUCUUGUCGAGCCAGCUUCUUGGAGUGACCAAGCCGGAUCCAGACAUGUAUCGGAAAGCGUUGCAGCUGGUAGGCGUUUUGCCGGAGGAAUCUGUCAUGGUGGCUGCGCAUGCAUAUGAUCUGAGAGCAGCUAAAAAGGUGGGUAUGCGAACCAUCUACGUGCGAAGGUGGACAGAGGAUACGCUAGAAAAUAUGGAGGCGGUCAAGCAGGAUGUUGACUGGUUUCUAAGCGGUACUGGCGAGGUUGGGAGCACAGAUGGAUCGUUCAUAAGCUUGGUGGAGCUACCAUCAUGA